AUGGCGUUCUGGCGAGUGAGCGCGAACUUCGCCUCACUGAACGCCGUUUCCGGCAUCAACCGCCUGCUCGAGAAGCCCGAAUCCUGCUCGCUCACCGACCUGCUCGAGGAAGACGAUAUCCUCCAGGAGCUGCGCGAGCACAACGCCCGUCUCAUCGAGUACCUCCGCGAGCCACGUAUCCUGCGGCAGCUCCUGCGCUACGUCGCCCACUGGACCCCGCCGCGGCCGGACGACUCGGUCGCGGGCGCGGACGACGGCGAGGGUGACGGCGCGGCAAACAAAGAGCCAGGGCAGGAAGACCACGACGCCGAGAGCGAGACCGGCAGCGCAAGCGAUGCUGAUGAACAGGCAGCUGCUCCAGGCAAUGAGGAAAAGGAAGACGACGACGAGGAAGAUGAGGAGGAAGACGACGACGAUGAAGACCAGGACCUUGGUCUCACGCGCAUCGCGGCCUCACCCGACCCCGACUCGAGCUCUGCCUUUGAUGAGGAGAAGGCCUGGAGGUACGCCCGAUUGGCUACCGAAGUCUUUUCCUCUGAAAUCUGGUCGAUUUACGAGACAGUCAUGCGCGAGACCGAGCUCCUCGAAGAGUUCUGGACCUUUCUCGACAACCCCGCGCCUCUAGACCCCGUCUACGCCGGCUACUUCACCAAGACGAACGAGCAAUUCCUCGAGCGCAAGACCGACCAAAUGGUCGAGUUCCUCAAAACCCAGCCAAACCUCGUCGAGCGCUUCAUGCGCCACAUCGAUACCCCCUCCACCAUGGACUUGCUCCUCAAGAUCCUCUGCACCGACAAGCCCGACUCGCCGACCGGCAUCAUCGACUACCUGCAGGUCCAGCGUCUGAUUCCUUCGCUAAUCGGCUUCCUGUCCGCCGACACCCCUUCCAACUCGCAGUCCGCCGCGGGCGACUUCCUCAAGGCCCUCAUCACAAUAUCGGCAAACGCGACAAACGACUACACCUCGAUCGGACCGAACGAGCUCACGCGGGAACUCGUCUCGCCAGAGAUAAUCACAAAACUGGCCGACCAGAUGGUCUUAUCUGGCGGCACCGCGCUCGCGACCGCGGUAGGCGUCAUCAUCGAACUCAUCCGCAAAAACAACUCAGACUACGACGCCGAGCCAAUGAUGUCGAUGACUUUGGAGUCGCACCCGCCGUCGCCGCGGGACCCGGUCUAUUUGGGCCACCUGCUCAAGAUCCUUGCGCAGAACAUCCCGCGGUUCGAAGCGCUGCUGACAAAGAAGCACACCGAGAAGCUGGAUACCUCGUUUGGCACGAUCGAGCCCUUGGGAUUCGAGAGGUUCAAGAUCUGCGAGCUCGUGGCUGAGUUGCUGCAUUGUAGUAACAUGGCGCUGCUGAACGAUCCCCGGAGCGAGGCCGUAGCGUUAGAGCGCGACACCGUGCGACGACAGCUUUUGAAAGAGCACGAUGACGCCGCUAACCAAGCUGCUGCUGCUGGCGGCGACGAGGACGAGGAUGAGGACGACGACGAAGCAGAUGAUUUCCGGAGUAGAAACAGCGAGCCUGUUGGCAAAGUCAUUUCUGUGGACGAGUCCGAGGACGAAGGCGACGACACGCAGCUUGUGCCGAAACGCAGCAAUUCGCCAUCCGAGCAGACCGAGGACCUGAACGUUGACGAGAUCCCCGACGGCGGCGAAGAUCUGGUGGUGGGCGACUUCCUCAAAUACCAGCUGAUCAAGUUCAGCGUGGUGUCGACAAUCACCGACCUUUUCUUCAAGUUUCCCUGGAACAACUUUCUACACAACGUCGUCUUUGACAUCAUCCAGCAAAUCUUCAACGGCCCGUUCGACCACGGAUACAACCGGUACCUCGCGAUCGAGCUGUUCAAGACCGACCGCAUCACCGACCAGAUCGUGGCCGGCACGAAGGCGUCGAACGAGCACGAAGCCAAGACGCGCAUGCGGUUGGGAUACAUGGGUCACUUGACUCUGAUCUCUGAAGAAAUCGUCAAGUUCCUGCAGCGCUACCGUCCCGAGACACUCGGCCCGUCAGUUGUUGCCGUGACGGUCGAGAACGAGAAUUGGAACCACUACGUGAACGAGACGUUGAUGCAGAUCCGGAUCCGAGAUAACUCGAUCCUGGGCGGACAGCGGCCGAGCUCGGACAUGCCCGCGCAGGACUUGCUUGCGAUCUGUGGCAUGAUUGGAGGCUCGGGUAGUGGCGACGAUGGCGAUGGAGAUGCGGAGAUCGCGGCGGGAUAUGAUAAUGAGGAUGGUAAUGAACGGGAUGAGGAUGAUGAGGAGGAGGCUGGAGGACUUGGAAAGAACAGCGAUCAGAAAUGGUCGCGAUACAUGUCUCAACAAAUGACACCCGACCGCUUCGGUUCGUCAGACGAAGACGACGAAGACGAAGAAAUCGAAGAACAAGAAGACGACGAGGAAGAAGAAGACGACGACGAGGAAGAUGAGGACGACGACGACGACGGAAUCGACGAGAUUGCGCCGCAAGACCGGUACAUAGACGACGACAGCAUGGGCGUCGAGUUGGCUCGGACUAGCUCUCAUGAGUUGUAA